AUGUGGCCAAAAUCCCAGCUUGAGUACUUCAUUAAUAAAGUUAUAUCAAGAGUGAUUCAUAGAAGAUUGGAGGGUAUUCUACCAAGGCUUGUUUUACCAAAUCAAUCUGGUUUUGUGAAGGGGAGAAGAAUUAUUGAAAAUGUUCUUUUAACUCAAGAAACGAUCACUGGAUAUAAGAAAGAGAAAGCCGCAAAUGUAAUCAUCAAGCUGGAUAUGACAAAAGCUUAUGAUAGGAUGUCUUGGUUGUUUUUUAUCAGAAUUCUUAAGAAGAUGGCUUUCUUAGAAGGUUUUGUGGAUAUGAUUUGGAAACUAAUAGGAAAUAACUGGUAUUCUAUGAUUAUCAAUGGUCAGCCACAUGGAUUCUUUCAUUCAACAAGAGGGGUCAAACAAGGGGAUCCUUUAUCUCCAUCACUAUUUAUUCUAUCUGCAGAAGUUCUUUCAAGGGCCCUAAACAACUUGUUUGAUGAUCCAAUGUAUAGAGAUUUUGGCAUGCCUAAGUAG